ACUCAAGAAAAGUCAAAACCCAGACUGUCGCCACUUGCAAACCGUUCGCGAAUCUUGCACCUUGCUAUCAUCCUCCCCGACGACCAAGAAGCACCUAGACACAUGAGAGAAAGACUAGACAGCACCAGCAGCAGUCGCAAUCAGAUAUCCUUGCGUAUAUAACAAAAGCAGCCCGUCCAUCUCGCCCCGCCAAGGACAGUCGCACAUCCUGCGUUCGCAUCAUCGCAACCGCAUCAUCACCCAACCCUCACACUCGCUUGUCCAGACAGCUUCGUUGACCGCCGCUCAAUCACAUGCAACGAGCUCGGUCUGCCGUGGAUUUCUCCAAUCUCCUUAAUCCAUCGUCGGCAGCACCCAGCCAGGACCAAGGCAGCGGAGCAAUGUCUACCGCUGCGGUGACCGUCAUCAAGCCCAAUGGGCCCAUUCCAGGAGCGCAGGCCUCCGAGUCUGCCAACGAGCUCCCUCGUCCCUACAAGUGCCCUCUCUGCGACAAGGCCUUCCACCGUCUGGAGCACCAGACUCGACACAUCCGCACCCACACCGGCGAGAAGCCGCAUGCCUGCCAGUUCCCGGGCUGCAGCAAGAAGUUCUCCCGCUCCGACGAGCUGACCAGGCACUCAAGGAUACACAGCAACCCCAACUCGAGGCGAGGCAACAAGGGCCAGCAGCAGCACCAGCAACACCUCCACCAGGGCAUGCCUCACCCUCUGCACGUCGACGGCAUGAUGGCUCCCCCCCCUGCGCCCAAGGCCAUCCGCUCAGCGCCCGCCUCGGCCCUGGUCUCGCCCAACGUCUCGCCUCCUCACUCGUACUCUUCCUUCGCCGUGCCUGCGGUUUCCAUGCCUCACUAUGGCCGUGGCACCGACAUCUCCAUGCUCGCAAACGCCGCCCAUCAGAUUGAGCGCGAGACUCUUUCUGGCGGCCCCUCCAACCACAACUCAAGGCACCACCCUUACUUCAGCCCUGGUAUGCAGGGCCCUCGGGGCCACGGCCCUUCGCUCUCGUCGUACCACAUGGCCAGAUCUCACUUCAACGAUGAUGACGAUCACUACCACGGAAGCAUGAGGCACGCCAAGAGGUCGAGACCCAACUCGCCCAACUCUACCGCUCCCUCUUCCCCCACCUUUUCGCACGACUCUCUGUCGCCCACUCCGGACCACACUCCCAUCGCAACUCCCGCUCACUCACCUCGACUCCGCCCCUUUUCCGGAUAUGAGCUGCCCAGCUUGAGAAACUUGUCUCUGGGCCACAACACCACUCCGGCGUUGGCCCCCAUGGAGCCCACUCUUGAUUCUCAUCAGUUCCCUCCUCAGGCGCAGGGACUGACCUCUCGCGGCUCUGGCAUUUCACUAACCGACAUCAUCAGUCGUCCCGAUGGAAGCCAGAGGAAACUGCCUGUUCCCCAGGUCCCCAAGGUUGCGGUGCAGGACCUCCUCUCCGACGGGAUUUUCACCAACAGCGGCAGGAGUUCAACCACAGGCAGCCUUGCCGGCGGUGAUCUCAUGGAUCGGAUGUAGAAGAGAGCGAUGAAAAAUACCCCACGACGGUGCCUCGAAUGAUUUGAUGACUAUGGGCUAUAGAAGGAUAGAAAGAGUUGGCGUUUCUGGUAUGGAAUUGGAAAUGGAAACAGUCAUCCCUCACAGGACUUGACGCGUGGCUUUAUUUUACUUUUCUCUUUUUAUUUCCUUUGUUCGACAUUGUGUUCGAUUUGGGUUUGUUUUUUUAAAGCAGGACUGGAUGGGAUCCUACACGCAUAGGAUGGCCAAAGGACAUUAUAGACAUCACCACUUUCCCAGGCGGAUAAAAAUUUUAUUCCGUUUCUCGGCUUUUGUUUUUUACUUGUUUCACAGUUUGGGGGAGUUUCAAUACAGUGGAUGCUUAUUAUGCAAUACUACUAAUAAUUGGAUUUGACGCUGCAUACUGUAAGCAGCAGCACAGGGGCAGACUUGAAAAGCAAAAAAAAAAAAACAGGAAAAUAUAUUUAUUGUUAUAAAA